GGCAAUAUGGGAGGUUCUCUAGCUUUGCUCGAUGCCAAUGGUGUUGCUGGAAGUCAAGUUUGUAAAGUUAGACAAAUGUUAAGGCUGUAGGUAUCAUAGAUGACGAGCUCGGAAGGCCGGACCCCCGGGGCCGCAGCACCGAGGGGAUGCGAUGGACCUGGCGAAGAUUCGAGAUUCAAUUGGAUACAAGGUAAUUGUACCUAGGUCCUGUGGCGGAAGCUCUAUCGUACCAGCCACAUUUACCCCAUGGUACCUGACUUAACGUACCCACAGCAAACCCGUUUCAUUGGCUGCUUUAUCGUUGAUGUGAACCAUGAACUUUUUGAAGCUUUCGUGUCCCUUACACGCAAUCCCGGACCCAUUAUUUCGACGACUAAACCGUAACUCAACAAGCACUCUUCAAAUCUAAUUCACACCUUUACCAGUACCAGACUCGAUAUAACCACCAUGGCACCCAAAAAAUCUGCUGCUGCUACCACUCCUGCGCCCGUACCCACGCCCGCGCCCGCGCCAACCACACCAGCAGCACCUACGACAGCUCCCAGCGUUGCCGUAGCCAAGACUAGCGCUAGCGGUCCUCAGGCGAUCGACCAUGUAGCAUGGAAUAUAGUCGACCACUACCAGAAGACGACGCCUCAGCGCACCAAGCUACUUGACGUCUUCAUGGCAUUCUUGGUUGUUGUCGGUGGUCUGCAAUUUGCGUACUGUGUCUUGGUGGGCAAUUACCCAUUCAACGCUUUCCUCUCGGGUUUCUCGGCAACAGUUGGCCAAUUCGUCCUUACCGCAUCACUACGCAUACAGACUACAGAAGCGAACAAGUCCGAGUUCCCUUCGGUAUCUCCAGAAAGGGCAUUUGCAGAUUACGUCGUCGGCAGCCUAAUCCUACAUUUUUUCUGCGUCAACUUCAUAAACUAAACAGGACAGCUCGUAGGAGGUAUAUCGAGACUAGUACGGAGCUUCAAUGGCUGCUGGAUUCAAGUUAUAAGGCGGAAAAUCUCUGUAUUAAGAGAAAC